UAGUGUCAUUUUCCGAGAUAUACUCUCGAGGAACACCACACCCAAAUCCUCCCCCUUCCCCUCCUUCUUCAAUUCUCCUCCUUUUCCAUUCCAUUCCAUUCCUUUCUGGAAUUCCUUUUCUUUUUCUCUUUAAUUUGAAUUUUCUUUCUCUCUCUUCCUCUAGCUUUAUCUCUCUCUCUCUCUCUUUCUUUCUUUCUUUCUUUCUUUCUCCUUCAAUCCUCUAAAGCAUCUUCACUAAAUCAAGAAGCUGCGGGCACAAAAGAGAGCUAGCUAGCUUUGUAGAAAAGGCAAAAGGGAAGGUGAGGUAGCCAUAGUUGCAAGUUUUGUUGAGAGGGAAUACAAUACAAUAUAUAAAAGAAAGGGAAAAGAGAGAAAAAGAAGGUGAAAACAUGCCCUUGGAAGGGGUUUUCAUUGAACCCUCUCGUUCCAAUCCACUUCCUGAUCUUUCUCUCCACAUUAGCCCUCCCAAUAAUAACACCAUAUCGUCUUCCCCAUCCUCUUGUAUCAAUGAAUUGGUAGCCGCCGCCGGCGGAUUCGAUCUCCCCACCACCACUAACCACCACCGCACCAACAGUACCUCCGCCGCCUCGUCGCAACAAGUGUACCCGGAGCUGUCGUUGGCGAGCCCGACCAGCACCGCAGCAGCGGCGGAUGAGGUUGUCCGGGAGGCGGAGAACCGGUUCUUGAGAACCGGCGGGAGGGAACAGCCUUAUCCUCCGCCUUAUCAUCUAGGAACCCAUACUUUUCAGAAUAAUGGUUCUAAUAAUAAUAAUAGCAGCAGCUGCAGCCAGAUGAGCAACAUAAAUCAUGGGGUUUCACUGCUGGAUGUAUCGGACGGGUUGAGGCCCAUCAAGGGCAUCCCGGUGUAUCAGAACCGUUCAUUCCCUUUCCUCCCCACCAUGGACCAUCAUCACCAUGGCUCUAGAGAAAACAAGGAUCCCAGCAAGAUGUGCUUCUACCCAAUGCCGCCGCCUUCCACCUCUAUUUCCCACUCCCCUUCCCCCUUCUUUAACCCCGUCGUCGAUCAUCUCUCCCUCUUAAACAAUCCCUCUCCUUCCUCCUCCUCCGCAGCCGCCGCUUACCGGAGAUUCAACGGCCUCUCCUCCGCCUACCAGCUCCCCCACAACCAGUACGGCGGAGUCGGAAUCGGAGCCGCCGCUAAUCACCACCAUCACCAUCACCACCAUCCUCACCACGACGCUCCGCCGUCUCACGGCAUGAUGAUGAGAUCGAGAUUUCUCCCUAAGCUCCCUGCGAAGCGGAGCAUGCGGGCCCCAAGAAUGCGUUGGACUAGCACCCUCCACGCCCGCUUCGUCCACGCCGUCGAGCUCCUCGGUGGCCAUGAAAGGGCAACUCCGAAAUCAGUACUGGAGCUAAUGGAUGUUAAAGAUCUCACUCUAGCUCAUGUGAAGAGCCAUUUGCAGAUGUAUAGAACUGUUAAAACCACUGACAAGCCUGCUGCUUCCUCAGGGCAAUCCGACGGGUCAGGCGAAGAAGAUCUCACCGUUCUGGGAAGCACCGCCGGCGGCGGUGGCAGCAGCGGCGGCGGCGGGAUUCGGCUCAUGGAUCAAAGAGGGGCGGCGGAUGGGUCGUCGUCGCAACUCGAACCAGAUUUCCCUAACUCAACUACCACCACUCUAUGGAGCAACUCUUCAAGUAGCAGAGAAGGAUGGCUACAAACUAAUAGUUCCCAGGAGAGCAAUGGGUUGAUCAGAUCAUCAUCCUUUCCAACACAACAAAGAUGUGGUCACCCGAUCGACGACUGCGAAAAGAACCCUAGUUUGGAAUUCACAUUAGGCAGGCCAGACUGGGUCCAAAAGGAACGUGACUAAAACAACAUUAUUGAACCAAAGCGAGCUACACAAUCCACUAUCCGCUAGCUAUCGUCUGGUUUUGGGUUUUAUUAAUUAGGUUAUUCUUUUUGUUUUACUUCUUCCUUUUGGUUUUUCUUUUUUGGGAAUGAAUUGAAAGAAGAAAAAAAAGGAAUGCAUUAUUCGAUAUAUAUAAAUAUAAAAAAGAGGUAUUUCUAGCUAGCUAGCUUGAACUGCUCCAUCCCACAUAUAUAUAUAUAUAUAUAUACUUGCAUUCUCAGCCGACAGACAGCCAAGGUUUUAACCUAAGCUACUAAAACAGCCAUGCACGUAUACCUCGUCCUCAUCCUUCUUCAAUUCCCUUACUUUUUGUUUUUGGCUUUGUCUGUGCUGAAUUACUAGCUAGCUUAGUGAAAUGCAGUUUGAAGAUAUAUAUAUGAUUAUCUUCCUGCGCGGGUGCAGAAGAUGAUGUAUGCAUGGCGGAGUAUAUAUAUAAUUUGCUAAUGUUUGAGGUCAAAGAGAUUUUCAAUACAAAGAAGAAUUGAUGAGUUUUUGGGAAUGAAGAUAAUGUUGUCUGCUGACAUUAAUUCAA